AUGGGUUCAUCAGUCCCAGCUUUGUCAGCCUUGAAUGGCCCAACAUAUGUUACAGCUCAGACGCUGAUCCAACAAGUCGCAUACUUGCUGAGUGACAAGAUCUUCUCUUAUUCACCAGAGACUUUCGAUCUUGACACAGCCCUCAAGGAAUGGAACUCAAAAAGUGAGACCAAUGCCAAUGGCGAAUCUCCCGCCCUCCAAACCCUAGAAACCCGCCAGGGUGCCGGUAACAUGGCACUUGGAUAUCUCUUUUCUCAAGACUUCGACCUGAAGAAGCGUCACAUUCCCCAGGGUAUCGUUGCCUCGUCGGCAACCCUUCCAUACAUGCGUGCCGCUCUGGAGCAGCUCUCUCUUCUUUAUUCCGUCGCCAGCCCCGUUGCCGCACAUGUCGCUGCUGUCGACUAUGCCGGCGAGGAUGGCUUGGUCUCUGACUAUGCCUCCGCUCUGUCUUUGGCUGAGGAACUCGGCCUUGGCCUCGUCUCCAGUGGAUCGGUCCACGAGUCUCAGCACAUGGCCCUUUUCGCCACUUUGCUGUCGUCCGUUCUUCCUUCUCUUCACAUUUAUGACGGUGUCCGUGUUGGCCGUGAGACUACUCGCGUCAUUGAUGUUCUCGAUAAGGAAGGUCUCACCCGUACCUAUGAGACCGUCCGGAAGACUCUCGAUGAGGCCCGCAACCGUCAUCUCGAUGCUCAAGGCAAGGUUCUGGACCUCCUCAAGAGCCUGAACGGCGAACUCGGCACUGACUAUGGUGCGUUUGAGUACCACGGUCACUCCGAGCCCACCUCUGUCCUCGUCGCUUUCGGCACUGUCGAGGCUGCUCUCACUGCUCAGAUUGCUCGCUCCCUCGCCAAGGAUGGUGUCCGCGUCGGCGUUGUCAAUGUCCGUGUCUACCGCCCCUUCAUCGAAGAGGAGUUCCUGCGUGUUCUUCCCAAGUCAGCCAAGACCGUCGGAAUUCUUGGACAGGUCGCCUCUGAGCUGGCUGUCCAGGAAGAAGGUGUCCACUCCGCUCUCUACGAGGAUGUCCUCGCCGCUUUGACCUUCGCCACAGACCGCGAACAGAACCCUGCUGCUGUUGAGAUCAAAUACGCCCGCUCUCAGCGUUGGGAUCUUGUUUCGAUCGCUGCCACAUUCCAACGUGUCUAUGAUCAGCCUAUCCUCACCGUUGACGACGAGACCAACGCUGCUCUCCAGCUGCUUGAUCCCGCCUCCGUGCAGGAGUACACUUUCUGGGACGUCGACAGCUCCGUCACUGAGGAGGCUGCCCACAUUUUGGGCCAGGCUCUCGGCGCCGACUCGGCCAGCAACGUCACCACCAGCAAGUCUCACGACAACCUGGUCCAGGGUGGUGCUGUUCGCAUCGACAUUCGCAAGAGCACCAAGAUCGUCGACGCUCCCUAUGCCGUCACUGCUGCUGACGUUUCUUACGUCGGCAACAUUGCGCUCCUGAAGGAUGUUGAUGUUCUCGCCUCAGUCAAGGACACCGGAAAGAUUAUUCUCAAUGCCCCUGGCAUCAAGGAUGAGGACUUGGAGAAGAAGCUCCCUGCCAACUUCAAGCAGACCGUUGCCCAGCGCGGCAUUCCCGUCUUCGUUGUCGACUCAUCGGCCAUUGAGGACUCUUCUCUCGAGGCUCUCAUUCUCCAAGCCUCCUUCGUUCGUGUCGCUCUCCCUGCCCAGGAGGGUGUGGCCACCAAGAAGCUGUCUGCCGUCACUGGCAACGCUGAGGCCUUGGACAACGUGACCAAGGACCUUGAGAAGGUUCUCCGCCAGAUCGAGGUUCCAGAGUCCUGGAAGGAGCCCGAGGGCGUUACCGAGAUCGAGCAGCUCCCUAAGAAUAUCAACGCCAACAGCUUUGUUCCCUUCGAUAAGAACGAGUCUGAGCCCGUCACCUUCCUCAAGGACUGGGAGACCGCCGCUCGUGGACUGGCAUUUAAGGAAGCUUACGGCACCAAGGAUGCUCUUCGUCCCGACCUUGCUCACAAGACUUUUACCGUCCACGUCAAGGAGAACCGCCGUCUCACUCCCACCACCUACGACCGUAACAUCUUCCACAUUGAGUUCGACCUCGGCAACACCGGUCUCAAGUACGACAUCGGCGAGGCUCUUGGUAUCCACGCUGAGAAUAACGCCGAGGAUAUCAGCACCUUCAUUAAAUUCUACGGCUUGGACCCCGAUGCCAUUGUUGAGGUCCCUAGCCGCGAGGACCCUGCCGUUCUGGAGAACCGCACUGUGUACCAGGCUCUGAUCCAGAACGUCGAUAUCUACGGUCGUCCCCCCAAGCGCUUCUACGAAGCCCUCGCUGAGUUCGCCACCGAUGAGAAGGAGAAGAAGGAUCUCCAGACCCUGGGUGGUCCGGACGGCGCCACUGAAUUCAAGCGCCGCGCCGAGGUUGACACCGUCACCUUCGCCGACAUCCUGCUGGAAUACCCUUCCGCCCACCCCGAAUUCCACGAUAUCGUUCGCAUUGUCGGUCCCCUCAAGCGUCGCGAGUACUCGAUCGCCUCCUGCCAGAAGGUGACCCCCACCACGGUCGCUCUCAUGAUCGUCGCCGUCAACUGGACCGCCCCCAAUGGUCGCGACCGCUUCGGUCUUGCUACCCGCUACCUCAGCAGCCUCCGCGUUGGCUCCCCCAUCACCGUCAGCGUCAAGUCCAGCGUGAUGAAGCUACCCCCCAAGUCCACCCAGCCCAUCAUCAUGGCCGGUCUCGGUACCGGUCUGGCACCUUUCCGCGCCUUCGUCCAGCACCGCGCUCUCGAGAAGGCCCAGGGCAAGGAGAUCGGCGCUGUCCUGCUGUACAUGGGCUCCCGUCACCAGCGCGAGGAGUACUGCUACGGCGAGGAAUGGGAGGCUUACCAGGAGGCUGGUGUCAUCACCCUUCUUGGAGCUGCUUUCUCUCGUGACCAGCCCGAGAAGAUCUACAUCCAGGACCGUAUGCGCCAGACCCUGCCGGAGAUCAUCCAGGCGUACAUUCGCGAAGAGGGUGCUUUCUACCUGUGCGGUCCCACUUGGCCCGUGCCCGAUGUCACCGCUGUUCUCGAGGAGGCUAUCGCCACCGAGGCCCGUCUCAAUGGCAAGAAGGUCGAGACUCGCAAGGAGAUUGAGAAGCUCAAGGACGAGGAACGUUACGUUCUUGAGGUCUAUUAG